CCUUCAAAACAGAUCAUGGACAUGAAGCAAUUUCAGAUAAUCAACCGCUUCCCCGGAAUGAGCGAGAUAUGCAGGAAAGACUCACUGGCGCGGAAUAUGAACCGAAUGUUCAAGUUUUUCCCCAAGGAAUACAACAUCUUCCCACGGACGUGGAGUCUACCUGCUGACUAUGAGGAUUUCCAGGCAUAUAGUCGCAGAAGAAAAGGAGAGACCUAUAUCUGUAAGCCAGGCAGGGGCUGCCAAGGCCAAGGUAUUUUCUUGACGUGCAAUGCGGAUGACAUCAAGCCUGAAAAACCCAUGAUCUGUCAGCAGUAUCUCGAAAAGCCAUUCCUGAUAGAUGGAUUUAAAUUUGACCUUCGUAUUUAUGUCCUUGUCACUUCUUGUGACCCUCUGCGCAUUUUCAUCUAUAACGAGGGUAUUGUGCGGUUUGCGACCACCAGCUACACCAAACCCAACAGCAAAAACCUGGAUAAUGUCUUUAUGCAUCUGACCAACUAUGCAAUUAACAAACACAGUGCAAACUUCAUCAGAGAUGACGUGAAAGGGAGUAAAAGAAAACUUUCAACACUGAGAAGUUGGCUGGAAAACCAUGGGUACGAUACAGUGAAAAUAUGGAGUGAGAUCGAUGAUGUCAUCAUCAAGGCCCUGAUUUCCAUUCAACCGAUCUUGAAGCGCAACUAUCAGACAUGCUUUCCAUACUGUGCUGGUAGCAACUCCUUCGAGAUCAUCGGCUUUGACAUCAUUCUAGACCAAAAGUUGAAGCCAUGGCUCCUAGAGGUCAAUCACACUCCAAGUUUUACCACAGACUCACGGUUGGAUCACGAGGUCACAGAUGCACUGCUGCAGGACACCCUUAAUAUUAUCAGAAUCCGUGCCAGCGACAAAAGACAAGUUAUUGAGGAAGAGCGCAGAGUUAGAGAGCAUUCAAUACAAUCCAAGCUCCCGAAGGUAGCAAGGAGACAGGGAUUGGUGAAAACCCAGACAUCUUGGCUGGAGCAGGUAGAAAAGUAUGAGGACAGUCACCUUGGAGGCUACCGACGGAUCUACCCCAAUGACAAAGCUGAGCAGUACGGGAAAUUCUUCAAACCCGGGAGUUUAGUGUUCAAGCAAACUGCAACUUCCAAAGCAAGAGCGGAGUGUGUCAGGAAGCAAUUGGAAGAGUUUAAUCAAAAGCAAGAGCCAAAGCGCGUUCCCUUUGGAAUGAGCCAGAGAUUAAAUCCGGAUGCUGUCCGAGGAGAAUCAGCGAGUGAAAAGCCUGUCACAUAUCACGUACCAACGAGGCCAACUUGUCCUCCUCCUACUAACAUUAGGAGUAUGGAAAGAAAGCUACGCUUUAUCCGCCCACCGGUACUGUGUCAGGAAUCAGAAACUGUAACUGUUCUCCCGUUGCCUGAUUUGAGAUCGAGGCACACGACAUCAUUUCCCAGUGCUCACACUGCUCCCAGCCAUCACUCCAACAGGGAUGUGCCACAGUUGUCCAGACUGUUUCAGCCAGGAAGAGCAGCACCUCCAUCUUCCCAGCAUCCUGCGGGGAGACAAAUACACCAGAGAGUCGUGCAAAACGUCCGGGCAACUGCUGCCGUCAGUGAGCCAGUUAAACAGCCGGCACGUGACAGCCAGAGGAGUCUCUCCGGUGCCCGAACCAAGGCUGCACAGAGUAAGAACAUUUAUUUAUACAAAUAUUCAGUUUGA